AUGCUGUCCGAAGGAUUUGUCUCGGCCAUAUAUGGCGCCCCACUGAGCUCUAAUACGGCCAUGGCAAAGGACGUCGGCAUCUACUGCCACGUGCUUCGUCCAACCCACAGCAUCAAGUCCACCUUCAAGAAGAGCUCUGUGCCAGUAAACUGUCUCGCCGUCAGUGAGACGCACGUCUUUGCCGCCCAGCAUGAAAAGGCAUAUGUGCACGUCUAUUCCAGAACUCGCGGCAACCAGGAAGCCUUCGUCGCUUUCCCUGAAAGGAUACGAUGCCUGACGCUCGCUGGAGAUGUCCUCGUUAUGGGCACAGCCGAGGGCCGGCUCUUGUUGUGGGAGACAUGUACGGGCCGGCUAGUGUCGACUCCUCCGCGCCACGUCCAAGCAGUAUCCUGCGUGGUCGCGACGCCCUAUCACGUUCUCACGGGAUCUGAUGAUUCCAGCAUUCACGUGUGGUCACUCCCCCAGCUGCUUGAGCUCGACCCGGCUGCCGAGCACGAGCCCGAGCGGAGUCUUUCCAACCACAGAGCAGCCAUUACGGCUCUCGCGGCCAACCCAAGUGUUAGCCUCGACACAAAUUUCUGCGUGUCGGCGAGCAAGGACAAGUCGUGCAUCAUCUGGAACUACCAGACCGGCGACGUUCUGCGGACCUUGAUCUUUCCCAGCUUUCCUCUCUGCUUCUCCCUCGACCCAUGCUCGAGGGCUAUCUGCGUUGGCUGUGAAGACGGGUCGCUUUACCUGGCCGAGAUCUUUGCCGAGAAACCUCUCCUUGGGCCUCAAUCUGAGGAUGCCUCGACCGUCGUCCAGAUCACGUCAGCGUUCGGUGCCACACAGCCUGAUGUUGGGCCGGCGUCUUGCAUGAGCCUCAACUAUGACGGAACAAUGCUCAUCACCGGGCAUCCAAAAGGCCACAUACUGAAAUGGGAUGUUGCCGACAACAAGACGCCUGUCGAGCUGACGAACGUCAACGCCGCCGUCACUAAUAUCGUCAUGGUGUCGCCUCUCCCAGCAGGAAAGACGACCAAGACGUUCACAGUUACCAAGCCUUCCCAGGCGGAGCGGACAUACACUUUCACCGCCCAGUUCAAUUCGUAUUUGCCGUCGCAGACAAGGUUCGACACGCUAUUGAACUCGCCCGGGUUUCCGCAGGAUGCUCUCCAGAGUGCGAUGGCCGCGUUUCAGCAGCCUGCACCGGCUGCUGCCGGUGAAGAAGAGUUGCGUAAGCAAAACGAAGAGCUGUGGGAAAUCAUCAAGGAGCAGAAGGAGCUCCAAAAGCAAACACUCCAGCGCUAUGUAGAGGCGAAAGCCGCCCGUCCAUGA